AUGAAGAAUGGGAAUAAGAAUUCGAUCUUCGAAAACUGCCAUGAAACUGCGUCUCAGGAGAUUUAUUUACGGCGAUGCGGAUUCGCCUUACAAGACGAUCCUCCAGAUUCCGAUCCAUCCAUCGUCGGAGUCUCGCCACCGUUAAACGACGGCGUUGCAUCUCACCGUGCUUCCGAUGAUUCCGAUAGUGUAGUCGCUUCGGGUUACGAAGCGGUGGAGAAUCAAGCGAUUCGAUUCGUUUCUCCGGAGCCAAGCACAGACACCGCUGAAUCAGAGGAGGAUGCGGCGAGAGAUCGGACGGUUCUCGUUGAAUCAGAGGAGAAUGCGGCGAGAGAUCGGACGGUUCGUGUUGAAUCAGAGGUUGAUGUUGAUUUGGUGUCGAAUCAAACAUGGUCGUCAUCUUCAGGUGAGAGAUUGGAGUCUCCUUGGAAGGUAAAUGGAGGAAAGAAACUGAAAAUUCCUUUGAGAGAUGUAGUGAAAGCCAUAGUUAUGAAUUCAAGGAACAACAUUGAGGAAGAAGAAGAAGAUAGAGUGAUUGAGAAGAUGAGCUAUGUGCAAUUCCUUGCUCAAAAUGGAUUCAAAUUCCCUUGA